AAUCCGCAUAGAUAACUGAAUUUCCCGGCAACGACGAAGAUGCUCCGAUCCCGGCGACGUUCCCGUUACGACGGUCUUAUAUGCGCCGUCGUCUCUGCACUUCUUCUCUUAAUAACCUUCUACCUUCUCCGCAGCAACACUCACCGUCGCUUUCCAUCUCACUCGGUAAAUUACGACUCUCUCCUCUCCGAUUCAUCGAACGAAGACACAACCGGCGGCGAGGACACAAUCGACGCACUAGACAUAGUCGAAGAACAGACACAAGAAUCACCAACAGAUGCAGAAGAAGACGACGAUCCAAUUGAAGAAAGUAACAAAGCUUCAGGCUAUUUCUUCUACCACGUAGAAGGAGUAAUACGAAGAUCAUUCAGCAAACGAUCGAUGAUGACGAUGAUUGAGGAAUCAAACGAAGGAUUCAGGAUUUUCGGAACGACGAUUGAGGAUCGCGGGAAGACGUCAUUUGGUUCUGAUGAUGUGGCGGUGGAUGAGAAUGUGAGGAUGAAGAUGAUGGAAGUGAAGGGAAUUGAGGACGCGCUUUUGUUGAAGAUUGGUAAGACGGUUUCGCCUUUGAGAGAAGGUUGGGGUGUUUGGUUUGAUAAAAAAUUUGAUUAUUUGAAGAAGGAUAAGAUGUUGAGGUCUAAUUUGGAAGCAUUGAAUCCUUUGCAUAAUCCUAUUUUGCAAGAUCCUGAUAAUGUUGGUUUAACUGGAUUAACCAAGGUAUCUAUGAAGCACAAGCACUCCUCGGAUUAGGCGGGCUUAUUCAUGUCUGUGUCCGUGCUUCAUAGAUAGGCUUUUAAAAAUGUCCACAGUUCCCAGCUCAACCGGCAAUAAUUCCGAAAUUGUUAGGCUGGACAUCAUGACCGGGGUUCAAACCCCGACUCCCUCACUUGUGUGUGUGAGUUUAUAAUGACUUUGCCAUUUCGUCUGUCUAGUCUACCAUAAAAAAGUGUCAAUGCAACGAUAUAGUAGUUUGUGUUUCGUUUUGAUGCAAUUGUACUUGUUCUGCCUUUUUUUUUUUGGUGUUUGUUUUCCGGAAUUUGUUAUUGAUUAGAGAUGAAGUGACAACAAAAGAAAACUAUUUCUUGUUUGUUUCCUGAUCGUAAUAACAUGAACUGAGAAGAACAAGUUGCAGCGUGCUGCGUGAGUCCUAGUUAACUUACUGAUAGCGGGAACUUGUCCCGCCUCCCCUCCCCCCCGAAACCAAAGGACGCUUGAUGGAAUCCAGAAGCGAGCUGCAACCUGCGAGUAUACUGUCUGUGUUCCCCUCACCAAGGUGAUCGAAGUAAGUUUGUCAGGUAGUAGUUGCCAAAUUUGACAUUAGCUAUCUAUGUAUCUAUAAUAAAAACAGAGUUAUUUACUGCUCUCUAUUCUCUGUCCAUUUGGCCAUCUAUUUUGUAUCUGUUAUUUUUAUUCCUAGGUUUUAUGAAUUGAGUAUGUUGAUAAAUGAUAAUUUAUUCUUUUCAGUUAUUUUGAAUGGUUAACUUGCUUAACAAAAAAAUGGGUAAGGGAAAAUAUCUUUUUUAGGGAUUAGUUUCUUUAGAUUUUAAUCCUUCGUUUUGUCUAGAUUUCCUUAACAAAAGUUUGAAUUUCAAUAUGUUUGUUAAUUUUGUUCUUUAAUAAUUCCAAAUUCUGUCCCCAUUGUUCCCUGACAAUUUUUUUUGGAAACUGACCUGGGCUUCAAAUAGAUUACCAUUGUUUGGCUGAUUUCAUUUGGGUUUAUGUUUGGCUUAAUCCGUGUCAUUUGUUAUUGUAUUAAGAAGAGACAUUUGUAAACCAGUUUCCAUUUUUGCUCUUAUUUUGCUAAUAGCUUUGAAUGAUGUACAAGGUUAUCGCUCAAAUCCGAGGAAUUAAAAGCUAUAUUUUUAACUGUUACUGCAGCUUUGUCAUGCAUUAUGAUCAUAAACACCAAACACGAUUUGGCUAUUUGCAACUACAGUGUCGGUUAUAUACAUGAUUUGUUUCGACGCUUCUGGCUUACUAGUAUUACAUGGAGGACAAGGAUAAACUUACAAUAUACUAUGUGCUUAUCUCCAAUUUGUUCAUCCUAAAAUGAAAUGCCCAGCCUCAUCUAUAUUGUGGUGUCAACGGUGAAGCAUUCUUUCCUACUCUCUUUUGUGGUGAAAAUAGUAGUUUGACCUUGUUAGUUUGAGCGGUUAAUACAGUAUGUCACCUGUGUGAAAUGGUAGUAUACAUUGAAGUUUAUUGGUGCCGAUGCUGAAAUAUCAUAUUUUCACUUAACUUAAUUUUCUGUAACAUUUCACACAGGUCUGUUAUUGAUUUUUUUUUUUAAUUUUCAUUUGUCAGUCCUUUGAUUCAUUUGUAAAAUGCAAAUGCAGAGGUCACUUGGUUUUUGGUACAUGUAUUGGAUACCAGCAGACAUUUCUAAUUUCUUGGUUUGCUUGCGGUAUGGUUUAUGGCGUCAAUGGUUCUUAUCUCAGAAAAUGUCCACACCAGCAGAUUUCUGUUGCUAUUAUGUCAAAAGGUUAGUAUGGCUGAUAAUUAUUUGUUUCUGUAAUCUUUUUUUAGGAGGGACAGAUGAACCGGGUAACCUAGCUGCACUAGAUGAAACAUAAACUACGUCAGUUAUGUCUGAUAAAGAUCUGCCCCAAUUCUUGAUGAAAACUUGGGAAGCUUCAAUAGCCAUUUUUGUCACUGCCUUGUUACAUAUCUCUAGCAGCUGCUUUGCAGUUGGGGAUGACUUCAACAAGUUCCGGGUACUUCUUUGGUAUUUCCUUAGACAUAACCACAUACCUUGUUUUCAUUAUGUCUUGAACGUUAUGCAACACUGAAUCCAAAUUAACAUUAGAUCAUUUACUAGUAAUACAAAAAAUGAAGCCUAUCAAGUGUAUUUGGUUUUAUGAUAUGCAUAUCAGAAAUGGAAAUUGGAAGCUAUCA